AUGGGCUUAGACCUGACCGGACUUGAAACAACAACUUCUGCCUCUCUCUCGGCGGCGCUCACUUAUCUACUUUCGCAUAAGGCCGAGUUUGAGACGUCCAAGGUCGAGGUCGCUCAGUCGACGACCCUCCAGACUGACAACGGCAGCGAGUACACCUCUCGCGCUUUCCGUUCCUUCCUUGCCGGCAGAGGGAUCACGCAUCGUCUUUCGAUUCCCUACACGCCUGAGCAGAAUGGACUUUCAGAGCAGGCCAUUCGGACUGUCGAGGAGAAGGUCGCAACUCUUCUCACCGAGGCCGACUUCUCGAAGAAGUACCGGGCUGAGGUUUUUUUUUUUUCCUUCUUUGCUCUCUUCAUCAUCGAGAACCUCCCUUACUCGGCGUUAGCCAGCACUGCAGCAUCAAGGGCUUCCAAGUUCAGGCCUGCAGACAAGUGCGGUACAAAUCGGAUGCUCUGGUUGAGAAACAUCUCGUUUGCUUCCAGAGACUACGUCCCACAAAUGAGGGAUGCCAAUGAUGAUGAGGAGCAUGUGCAGGCAAAGUUCCAGUUCUUCAGCCCUGACAAUGUUCCGGCCGGUGCCGCCAUUGCUCUCAUCAAUGCUGUUGAGCCGAGCGACAUCGAUGACACCCAGUUUGAGAUCCUCAGUGUUCCGCAGACAACUCUCGUGACAAAGAAGAUCUACUCUGCUCAGUGGGAAGAAGGGAUGAAGGAAGAGUGGACCGGCUACCAGCAGCAGGAUGUCGUUCUCGGGACAACGCAUUGGCACCAUACUGCUUGCAAUGACCCUAAGGCCAAGACGGCGCAGCUCAAGUCAAUGCUUGUUGUCCAGGGCGUCAAUGCCCAGGUCGCGACGGCAGGCGACACCGUCUUUGUCAAACAGCCGCGCGGCUUCGAAGUUCCGGGUCACGAAGACUACGUCUACGAGCUUAAGCGCGCGGCUUAUGGUCUCCUGCAGUUGGGACGUGCCUUUCACCUCAAAGUGAAGGACAAGCUUGACCAGCUCGACUUCGUCUCGCUCUCCGACGGCGUUGCCCUUUACAUUGGGCGCCGCGGCGGCGACUACGUCGUCCUCGUCAUCUACGUCGAUGACGGGCUCAUUGCUGGCAAGAAGGCACUCGUCGAGGACGUCGUCGGCGAGUUGCAGGAAGACUUCGACGUCACCUUCGGCGGACCCGUCGAUGGCAAGUCCUUCCUUGGUCACGACAUGAAGCACGACCCCCAGACGGGUUCUGUGCGUGUUUCCAUCAAGUCGCAGAUCGAGAAGGCACUCAAGAUGCACGGCUUCAAGAACCUCAAGCCGUUGCACAUGCCGAUCCAGCCUGGUAUCGUCUAUGUCAAGUGGGAUGGAGAAGCCAUCAAGCCGAGCGAGUAUCUUUCCGCCGUCGGCUCGCUUCUCUUCAUUGCCAUCACUCGCGUCGAUAUCCAGUCGUUGUCGGCGUCGUGA